CGACUUCGAGUGCGCUAGCUGCUGAGGCCAGGGAGCUGGCACCCCUCCUCCCGUGCACAUCGACAUUGUGGCGUUAGCCAAAUGAAGGGAACGUCCAACCCUUCCUUGCCAUAGCUCUUUCUUUGCUCGCCUGGUUGGCCGAGGAUGCAGUCACGGAAACCGCGGCGCUGCUCACUGGGGAUGGGCGAAGAGGCUCCUACAAUGCGAAGACCCUCACAUUCGGUCUCCUUCUGACCACUGCGCCGGAACGAGGUAAUGUUACCCGCUGUAGUGCUUGUUAGCCCACGUACUGGUGACUCAGAUGUAUAGCUGUACUGUGCUCGUCAGUUUGCUGACUGCCCGCUGAUCUGCUCUUAACCCUACACGCGUGUUCAGAUUGUUCGAACCCUAGGCUGUCUCAGUCUACCCCUAGCCAAGCCAUCAUGCCAUCACGCUGUGCCGCAGUUCGGCCGGCGCCAUGCUGGCGAAAUAAUCUGAGAAUUGCUUAGGGCUACUAUCCGGGCGAUUUGGGCAAAGUUUUGGAGGGCUUGUACGGCCAUCUGAUACAAAUGUCGGGGAUCCCUGUUUCCACAAGUAGAUGUGUAACCAUACUACAUAAAGGAACGUUGGACUUCUCCUCUAACGCACCGCCUCUUGCUCACCCCCCUACAGAGCGAUGAUUUGGUUUCCUGGCCCACAUGGAGCGAGCAACAACAUGCUGAAAAUACCGCUAUUGCUCAUCUCGACAUCUCUUGUAGUGUACGCUCAGACACCGCCCAAGGGGCCGCCCCCGACUGCGGAGGAGCAUGAGAGGUAUGGAGGCAGCGACUGGGUCGGGGAGAGUUCUGUGCCACUUGGUAUUAAGGCGGGCUACUGUAUCAAUGCCCUAUGCGAGUCCGCCGUCAUCCUCUCGGAACACUUCCCCUCAACGCUGGUCGCACAGCGCGCGCCGUAUGUCAUCCGCGACUCGCGCCAGCUCUCACACAACAUACGCAUCACACCGGCGUGGCUCGCAGGGUGUCUACUCCUGGGCGCUGGCGGCGCACUACGCCUCCUCUGCUACCGCACGCUUGGCAAGUUCUUCACGUGGAGGCUCGCCGUCAGGCGGGACCAUGAGCUCGUUACGAGCGGGCCGUACGCGUUCGUCCGGCACCCGAGCUACCUCGGGAAUGUGUUGAUCAGCGUCGGUGCGAUCCUGGUCUACGUCAGCCCGGGCGGCUGGUUCCAUGAGUGUAUCGGAUGGGACUCGCUGUGGAGCAAGGUGUUCACCGUCGUGUGGUCGGCAGUAUCGCUUUCCAUUCCGACGAUGCUAGUACAGCGGGUGGAGAAGGAAGACGAGGUGCUGAGGAAGGAGUUUGGGGAGCAGUGGGACAGAUGGGCGGAGAGGACACCGUAUAAGAUCUUUCCAUACAUCUACUAAUAACUUGAAGCCGUAUGCUCGUGUUCGAUGCGACAGCUACCAACGUAUCACGAUAAUCGAUACCAGAGAACGACGCGUUUUGAUCGCACCAGAGUCUGAGUC